UCUUCUUUUUUUUUUUCUGCUGGCAUUGGCAAAGGCAAAUGGUUGGGGACCGAGCAUGAAAGGAGAAAGCAAGCAAGCCAGAGAGUUUAGGAGGAAAAAGGGAAAGGAAAAAAAGGGGGAAAACAACAACAACAAAAUCCCCCAUACCCCAGCAGUUGGGUUUUGCCAGCAGCCGAUCACAGCUGAUCCCAGAGCGGAGUCUGCCCCCUUUCCCCUAGACCUGCGAUCACCCCUAUUCUCAGGCGGAGGGAGCCACAUCUAAGUUGCAUCUUUGCAUUUCUGCCAACGCUGAGAGAGAUUCUUCCCUGGCCUCAGCUUCCCCUGUCUGAUUAUUUGCUGUUGUCCUUCCUAUUUUUAAAUUUUGUUUCCUUUCUUCCCUUUAUCACUAUUAUUGCUGUUAUUGUUGCUAGUUUUUGUUUUAACAGCCAUUUGGCAUUUUUAACCUAUUUCGUGUAUGUGGCACAGGCAGAGUGAUACUGAUUUAUUUCUGUCUUCGGUUGAGGUUUCCCUUCCUAGCUGCCUUCUUUCAGUUUUUAAUCCUUCCUUUUUGCUUUCCCUCUCUUUUUAUUAAACAAGACUUGAACAUUUUGGUGAACAGUUUGUAGUGAAGAAUACAGCCAACAAUUAUUUUCUAUUUAAUGUAAGAAAUAUCCAGCACUCUUGUGUGCACUUCCUUCGUACAGUUUUACUUUCCUCCUUUUUCUCCUCUCCUCACCUUCCACCCCGUAUACCCACAAUAUCGUCUGCCUUCUAUUCUCUGCAAUUCUGAGCCCAGAAUUUCUGAAUCGGGGGCUUAGCUUCGCCGGGAUGAGACAGAGCAAUGGAUGAAUUCCACCCCUUCAUUGAAGCUCUCCUUCCUCAUGUCCGUGCCUUUUCCUACACAUGGUUCAACCUGCAAGCUCGGAAGCGAAAGUACUUUAAGAAGCACGAGAAGCGAAUGUCAAAGGAUGAGGAACGAGCUGUGAAGGAUGAAUUACUUGGUGAAAAGCCUGAGAUCAAGCAGAAAUGGGCAUCCCGACUCCUGGCCAAGCUACGCAAGGAUAUCCGCCCAGAGUUUCGUGAGGACUUUGUCUUGACCAUCACGGGCAAGAAAGCACCAUGUUGUGUCCUCUCCAAUCCAGAUCAGAAAGGCAAAAUUCGCAGGAUUGACUGCCUGAGGCAGGCUGACAAGGUUUGGAGGCUGGACCUAGUUAUGGUCAUCUUGUUCAAAGGGAUCCCCCUUGAAAGUACUGAUGGGGAGCGGCUAUACAAGUCGCCGCAGUGCUCAAACCCGGGCCUUUGCGUCCAGCCACACCACAUUGGAGUCACAAUUAAAGAACUGGAUCUUUACUUGGCGUAUUUUGUUCACACUCCUGAGUAUGCCCACCCAGUGUGUGUCCUGCAGCCUCUGGACAAUGUCAGGAGGUUCAUCUCAGCGCCUGCGGAUGGCAUUACUGGCACACUCAUAUCAUCUAUUCUGCACAGCUCAGGGCACUUCCAGGCCUGGCAAGUAAAAAAACAACAUUCCUGUAUUCCUUUUCCUCAAGUGCUUUUCCUUUUCCUUUCUCACUCUAAUUAAAGUUACAACAAAACUAGGCCCCCAUUACCUUCCCAGCCAGAUUCACACCAAUCCAUUUUAAACACAGAGAAUUCCCCUUUCAUAUCAGAAUAUGUACGUAUUGAUUUGUGGCAAUUUUACUCCAAGGCAUCACACAUAAAGUAGAUCUUAUCAUGCUUUCUAAAAUUCAGAUAAAUCAUCUGAAAGAGAUUAUCAUUCCAUACUCCAAGUCAAAUAUGGAAAGUUGGGUAAACUCAUGAGGGGAAUAAAAUAAAUGACCUCUGACAAUUAAUCAUUUAUGUUUUAAUGAUUAAGUAGUUUUUCCCAGAUAUUGGCAAAUAAGCUGGCAAAUCAUUUUAAAAUGUAAUGUGAUCCUUAAGCAAUUGAAUUCCUUGCAUUUUUAAGGAAGUAUAUAUGUGUGUAUUCACAGUUGGAUUGUAUAGGCCAUAUUCUUCACUCUACUCCAAUGAAAAGCCCAGGAAGGCCACUUAAGCCUAAAGCUAUUUACAGAUCAAUAGUUUGUAUAAGAGUUUGUUUUCUUCCAGUUUUAAAUUUCUGUAUGCAGAUAUCAUAAGCCAUAACAAGAUACGGGUGGGUUAUGAAUAUUUGAUGGAAUUAUUAACAUGCAUGAUAUUACAGUAUUUUGCAAGUCAAGAUUCUCUUAACACUGCAAAGUAUUUAAUCUUUUAAGUGAAAUAAAGAAGACUGAGAAAAGGUAUGGUGGAACAGAAAAUUCAAUUCAUGCCACUAAAUAUGGAAAAUAGAACUGCUAAAAUCCCUUUUACCGGUGGAAUAAGCUCUAUUUUACAACCUACCAAACUUUAAACAAUUGAUUCUGUGUUUAGCCUUAGAAUCCCAAGUUCUGAAUGGUGCCUGCUCCAUUAUACUGCCUUCUUUUAUCCUACCUUUAUUACUGUACAGGUCUUAAAUAAAGAUAGCAAUACGUAGCAUAGGCAGUAAAUCAGACAGAUUUUUUACUGAUUGCAUGCCAACAGUUCCUAAUUCUGUGCUUUUCAUAAUAUUUUAUUUAUUAUUUGAGCUUUCUAUUUUAAGAAAAAUCCUCAAGGAAAUUCUUAUGGCAAAUGCAAGAAUGAGAUGUUGGAUAUUUGUAGAGAAAAGUCAGUGUGGGAAAUUACUACCACCCCUCCCCUGAUUUCCUGUUAUAUAUAUGUAUAUAUGUAUGUAUGUAUGCAUGUAUGCAUUUUUCCUGUUACUGGACUAGAAGCAAGUUCAACUGUAGUGGAGAAGGGGAAAACAACUUUGGGACAGACCUGGAAAAUCAAUGAUGCAGGAUAGGUUAAACUCACCUUUCUCCUUUUCACCGACCCAUCUGUGAACAAUACUUGGACUAUUUGACUAUAUAUCAAAGUCAAUCAUCAGAUUAUUAAGGGGAAAAAAACAUGAUAUACUGUAUGGGUUUGGGAACACAUGUUGCCAAGGUGGCAUAAAGCCCAAUUCCAAAAGUGGCAGUAUUAUCUAUCCAUGUCUAAAUCAAAAAUAACACCUUAAGCAAUACAAAAACAGGAGCAGUAGUAUUAAAAAUUGUGGGUCUUUGCUAAGAAAAUAUGUAAAAUGUGUAGAAAAUCUUUCCAUCAUAAAAUUUUAAUUAUUUAUUCAUGUCUCCUAACUGUAAAAAUAAUGCAUAUUUUUAACUUCUUAAUCUACAUGUUUUUCUUCAUGGAAUAAAUAGUAAUGGGACUGGAGAAUGAUUUUAAUUGGGAAAGCGUGAUAGUCCCAUACAGUUCAGGGUCCUCCCAUCGGUACAGCUGAUUUCUUUAAGAAUAGAUGGAAGAUUCAGAUCUCAGUUUCCAAUAUCACAUCAUUAGGUUACAGUAUGUGCUGCUCUUUCAUUGGUAACUUGUUAAUUGUGCACGAGAGAAUGAAAAAGGGGACAAGAGGACAUCACUCCUAUGGCAUGGAGGAGAGACUACUAUAUUUUCUCAGUUGCUUGAUCUUAAUUGCAGUACAUAACUUAGUAAAAUAGUGCACUUACUAGAAUUUAGAGCAAUUUGCUUUUGAUUCAGUUAAUCUUAUUUUUAGAGAGCAAUCAUGGAUAAACCUAUCACUUCUACCCCAUUUUAAAACCAUAACCAAAGUAUUUAUUUUUACAGAUAUGGUUUUAAAACCAGUAGGCCAAUUCAUUUCUCAUCCCUGCUAUGGGGGCAUUGUUUUAGCUUGUUUGGGUAUGUCUUGGUGUUAUGAAAAUUUGUAAAACCCAUUUGAUGAAAGUUCAUUCAAUGAAACGCUAACUUAUAUCAUUGUUUUAUUACAAGUCAUGUUCGUUUCUAAGGAGUUGGUCUAUUUCCUUAUUUCUUUUAAAUUUUAAAACAAGAAGAGAGUCCUCCCUUAGUGAAAGCAUGCUUUGUAAAUAGUUGGGUCUUUUAUUAGAUCCAAAAAUUAAUAUUUUUUGCCAAGCACAAAUGCCAGAUGUAUUUCCUAUUCUUACCAUGUUGGCGUUUUCUUGUCUUCUUCAUUUCUUUCUUUUGUUAUGAAAAAGACUGCCUUUCCCGCCCUAAAAGUAGAAGGCACAAUUUCUUUGGUGCUAGGUUACUUCUUGGCUACAAAACAAUCCUCUUUUAAUAUUUUAUAUGAAUGGUAAACAACAUAAAGUUGUCAUGCCAUUUCCCAAAUCAUAGGCUGAUGGUGAGUUACAAGUUUGACAUGGCUAAGGAAGAAUAAACCCUAACCUCCACUGGUGAGAUUCUAGAGAAAGCUAAUGACACUUAUUGUUUAGUGUUCAGGAAAAUAUGAGUAUCCUUCUUUCCAGUUAAGUAUAGUGGGUAGUAUACUGUAGACUGUUUAAACUGUCUGAAGUUUGCCCUGAGAAGUUGUGUUUUUAAGAUAGAGAGGUUACUGCUGUGUUUUAGCCUUCGUAUUCUAACUAUGAAAAAUUGAAUUAAAAUAUUACAAAUAAUAUACAGUAAUGUACAAAACUAGUACAUUAUUCACUCCACAUAUAGUGCAUUUGGGGGGGGGUGUAAAAUACUGUAUCUGAUAUCACCAGAAUGUGAUCUUCCUGUCCCCGUUUAAAAAAAAAAGAUGUGUAAAUUGUGCUUUUAAAGUUGAAGUACAACUUAUCAAGAGCUGCAUUCACUCUGGAAAGAGGAAGCAAGUAGGAGAAUUAAAAUUGUAGUAAUUCUAGAUUGAGCAGGAUCAGGGCACCUUAAGAUUCCAUUCCAAGUUAUAAUUGUUCUAGUUAAGGGGAAACCAAU